UUUUCAUUCUUCUGGACUCUUGACUUGCCCCUUUCUAUUUCUAUUUUCUAUUUUACUUUCCCCCCUCUCCUCUGUUGUCUUCCUCUGACCCUUUUCAUUCACGAAAUUCUCUUCUCAGUUUGUAAACCUUCGCAUUUCUUCAAUCGUUCUUAUUCUUUCUUUCUUUCUUUUCUUUUCUUCGAGCAUAUUCGUGCAUAGGCGUUGUUGAAUCUUGCUGAAUAUUGCAUCGCCACUUUCUAUUUUUCGCUUCUUUGGAGAGAUGGAUGCAUGCGUCAAACAGGAACUCACCGGCGAUGUUCCCAAUGUGCCCCCAGGGAGGACCCGAACUGGUGCCGUUUCACCCAUUCCUCCUGGCUCCGCAGUUAUUCAACUCAGUAGCAGCAGCGAUUCCGAUUCGGAGCCGGAUUUGGAUGGUUUGGUCGCCGGGGUAGUAGAAAGCACCAUUUCGCCCGGAGGAGGGAGUCCGACCAAGAGGCGCAAGAUGAAUGACGAUGGAGAGGUUCUUCCCCUUGGAUUUUUGAGCCCUCUCCCUCCGCCCUUAUCGCCAUCCCCUGCGGUGCUGUCGUUACCGGCGCCGCAGGGGGCUUCUUCUUCGGCGCAUCUGAACGGGACCACGAGCACCAGCGUGGCGCCGACUACUAGGGGAAGCAGGCAGUUUUGGAAAGCCGGUGAUUUCGACGGUGCUCCUUCCAGCAGCUUCGAAUCAUCUUCAACCGUUGGAAUGGACCACGUCAGAGUUCAUCCGAAGUUUCUGCAUUCUAAUGCCACAAGUCAUAAGUGGGCUCUAGGAGCUUUUGCUGAGCUUUUGGAUAACUCGUUGGAUGAGGUUUGCAAUGGCGCUACAUAUGUCAAUGUAGAUAUGCUUGUAAAUAAGAAAGAUGGAACCAGGAUGUUGCUGAUUGAAGAUAAUGGUGGUGGAAUGGAUCCGGAUAAAAUGCGUCAAUGCAUGUCACUGGGGUAUUCAGUGAAAAGCAAAAUGGCAAAUACAAUUGGGCAAUAUGGAAAUGGCUUUAAAACAAGUACUAUGAGGCUUGGGGCUGAUGUGAUAGUAUUCUCUCGCUGCUCUGGCAAAGAUGGGAAGAGUGCUACACAAAGCAUAGGCUUGCUGUCUUACACAUUUUUGAGGAGUACUGGGAAGGAAGACAUUGUAGUACCCAUGUUGGACUAUGAAAGACGAGGACGGGAAUGGAAUAAGAUGUUACGGACUUCUAUUCAUUACUGGGGCAUCUUGCCUAGUUUUAUGAGUAUGUGGAUUAAAUUUUUGCCGUUACUGUUACACUUGUAGUUCAAUCUGAUGAAGGAUCACGGCACACGUGUAAUUAUAUACAAUCUUUGGGAGGAUGACCAAGGAGAGCUGGAGCUUGAUUUUGAUGCAGAUCCACAUGAUAUUCAAAUCAGAGGCGUAAACAGAGAGGAGAAAAACAUACAGAUGGCUAAAGAGUAUCCCAACUCAAGACACUUCUUAACUUAUAGGCACUCUCUAAGGAGUUAUGCCUCAAUUUUAUAUUUGAGGCUUCCUCCAGGCUUCCGAAUUAUUCUUCGUGGGAAAGAUAUUGUGCAUCACAAUAUAGUGAAUGACAUGAUGUUGUCUCAGGAGGUGACAUACAGGCCACAAGCUGGGAUUGAUGGGAUCCCGAAGGAUUCAAAUAUGAUUGCUAUUGUUACUAUUGGAUUUGUCAAGGACGCAGUUCAUCAUAUUGAUGUUUCAGGGUUCAACGUCUAUCAUAAGAAUCGACUCAUUAAGCCAUUCUGGAGGCUGUGGAAUCCUGCAGGAAGUGGUGGUCGUGGGGUCAUAGGUGUUUUAGAAGCCAACUUUGUUGAACCUGCUCAUGAUAAACAAGGCUUUGAGAGGACUUUAGUUUUAUCUAGAUUGGAAGCGAAAUUGGUACAGAUGCAGAAAAGUUACUGGGCCACUAACUGCCAUAAAAUUGGUUAUGUUUCCAAUCGAACUAGAAAACAAAACAACAGUUCAGUUGACAGAGAGGCAUCACCUGAUUUUGUCCCAGAAGCUUCAAAAAGGAAGUAUUCUGCCACAAAUGGCAAGGGAACUCCAUUGACAUCAGACCAACCACAUUCACAAUUAAAUCAGAAACGGAGCCGAAAAGAAUCAGAAAAAUAUAGUGCCUACAAGAGCUCGACGUCAAGGAUGCCAAGCUCAUCUGGACAAUCGUCAUCUGCUGAGGAUGAGAGUGAUGAAAUUACUGUUGUACCCAAGAAACAAGCAAAAGGGAGCAGUCAGAGGACAUCUCUAGCUGAAAAAUCAUUUGAAAAAGAAAAUGGAAGUUUUCCGGACAUCCCAUCUAGUGGAAGAGGCUUGCGGUCAGCACGAGUAUCCAGGCUAAAGGUACAGGAUGUAAAUGAUGGUGAACAUCCAGUAUCAGAUUCCGGUGCACUUACUCUGGAAAAGUUGCGAGAAGAGAAUCGUGAGUUGAAGAAAAGAUUAGAGAAGAAGGAGGAAGAAAUAUUGGGAGAAGUAUUGGAGGCACUGCAGUACGAGAAAGAGAGGUGUAAAGCUCUGGAAACUCAGCUUCGUGAUGCAGGAAAAAAGAUUGAAGACUUGAAUAAGGAGCAAGAAAAUCUAAUCGACGUGUUCUCAGAAGAGAGGGAUCGACGGGAUGCUGAAGAAAAAAGUUUGAGAAAGAAGCUGCAGGAUGCAUCAAACACAAUACAGGAGCUGCUUGACAAGGUAAGGCUCCUGGAAAAGAAGUCGUCUGCUAGAUAGAUGAAGACGGGCCUGCGUUUCUUGUGAUGGCAUUUUUGUGAGGAUUGGAUUUCCAUUGGGUGGAUUCGCCUUAGCCUUCCUUGAGAUAGGAUAUACAGUACUGAUAUUUUCCCCCCAAUUAUUUUGUAUAUUUUAUCUCGGAUGAGAUUAAUUUUGACUAUAAGUGGGCCGGUUGGCACCGGUGUGAAUUACAUAAUCCUUUUUUAUUUUGGGUUAAAUGGGACAAAAUCUUAAGCCACU